UUGCUGGGCAGUUGGCAGACUUGGCAAGACGCAUGUUUGUAGCGGGAGAGUCACAUUGAAUCUUUACACAGUGAUACUAAACGCAGCAUCGAAGGAUCGUGAGGCAAGGCGACGAACUCCGACGACAAACUGAUGUUACGUGAGUGCAGAAAAAUGAAAACAUCCGGGCUGAUUCUGGUGUUGGUACUCACGUGGUGGUCAGUGCAAAUCCGCGCGUCAGCCUCAACAAGGAAAGGGGAAUGGUGUUCAUACAAAAAUUGGGAGUUCUCCUGUGCAAAGAAGGGUCUAAGACGCAUUCCCGUGUUAAUUCCUGGUGAAGCACAAACAUUGGAUCUUUCUAUCAAUUAUAUACCAGCACUUUACAAUGACUCGUUUGCUGGUAUGGAUAAACUCACAGUCUUGGAUAUAUCAAGGAAUCUCAUAACUGACAUUGAAUCAGCAACUUUCUGGAACCUGAAUAACCUAACAGUGCUAAACCUAAGAGACAAUAGGCUACGGUCAUUAAGUCCUCGUGUGUUUGAGAGUCUGUCCUAUCUGCAAAUUCUGCGGUUAGACCAAAACAUGUUCAGUAGCACAUCGGCCAUUAGUGCAGCAUUACUCCCGUUACGUUCUUUAUAUAGUUUGAUUUUGAAUAACAACAAUCUGUCGCACAUUAAGCUAGAACCAGACUUUGCAAAUCUAAACCAACUAAGUUCUCUUCGUCUUUCUGGAAACUCGAUUUCAUCUCUACAGGCAGAGUCCUUCCACGUGAUGAAGAAUCAUUCCCUCACCCAUCUCAGCUUGGGAAGUAACGGUCUGAUUAGUAUACCGCGACAAGCCAUAGAUUCCUUCGCAAGAAUUCGACAACUUGAUCUUUCUAUCAACAACUUGACACCAAAAGACGUGGUCACUAUUUUCAAUAAUACUAGGGGAUUGGGGAUUACAAAUUGGACAUUGAGUGAUAAUAGCUUGACUGAAUUGACAAAUGCCACAUUCUAUCCACUCUUUCAUGAAGAAGUUAUCUACCUUCGUUUAAACAGUAACAACAUCUCCCAGCUAACAGACUAUCUCUUUGGUUACUUGCCUCAACUGCGUGUUCUUUCUCUUGGACAGAACCCAGUUGAGAGGCUAUCGGCAAGAGUGUUUGCUGGCUGUGACACUCUACAAGAGCUAGGCGUAGACAAUUGGGGUUUGCAGGAAAUUCCAUUGGAAUUAUUCAAACCAUUGGAAAACUUGACGAAAUUAUACCUGGAUUCAAAUCAAAUACAUAAAGUCAGAGAAAAGGCCUUCAUGUCGCUGCCGAAGUUGAAGAUUUUGCGACUGACUGCAAAUCGGAUAGAAACAAUAGAGGAUAAUGCCUUCUAUGGUCUACACCAUCUUGAAGUGUUGAAUUUAGGUAGCAACCAUUUAAGGGAAAUUACAUAUUACACAUUUAGUGAAAUUGGCCCAUCACUAAAAAAGCUAGACCUGACAGCAAAUCGCCGACUGAAAACGAUUUCCCCGUUCUCGUUCAACAAGCUACAAAAUCUGACAGAUCUAUCUCUUCAAAGCUGUAAGCUAAAACGUCUAGGUAAGGAUGACUUCGCAGGUCUGUACAACUUGCAACAACUUGACUUGUCCUUUAAUUCGAUCUAUACGAUUGACCCAAAUGCUUUUCAUGAUCUGUUGUCUAUCAAAGUUCUCGACUUGAGCAACAACCAUCUUGGACGCGAUAUACGUCAGAAUCCAUCAAUAUCUCCGUUCUGGAACCUAACCUCUCUAACCGAACUACAUUUUAUCUAUCAAAAGUACACCGCAGGGAUAUUUCCUGAUGGCUACUUGGAUGGUCUGACGUCCCUUCGGCUGCUUACAUUAAUGUCACAGAAACUUGUAUCACUGGAAAGCAAAACAAACAAAAGAAGUAUUCUAAAAAAACUCACGGAUCUCCAAUACCUGCAACUAUCUCAGAAUAAGCUCAGCAAUUUCACAAGAGACACUUUUGCAGGGUUGAUCAACCUCAAGUACCUUUAUCUUACGUCCAACUCCAUUAGAAAUCUUCCAUCAGGUAUCUUCAGGUAUCAAGGUAGACUGCAAUAUCUAGAUCUCAGUUACAAUGGAAUUGUUACUCUGAGUAGCACGGUAUUCAGCCCCUUGAAGUCAUUAGUUGUACUCAACGUUUACAGCAACAGUUUUGCCUGUACUUGUGACAUAGAAUGGUUUCACAACUGGAUAGUUUCAAGCAUGAACACGACUACAGGUGUACAGGGUGUCUACUUUGAAGCCCAUACAAACUACACUUGUACAACUCCAGCAAACCUGAGAAACAAACGUCUGGUUGACAUUAACUUUGACAAACUUGGCUGCAGAUCUAAACUCAGCUUUUAUGUAGCAAUAGGGCUGAGUGUCACGUUUGUCAUCUUGUUGGUCACCAUUAUACUGAUGUACCGAUAUCAUUGGUACGGACGAUACGCCAUGUUCCUACUCCGGGCCAAGUUCCACAAGUAUGAACUCAUCAGAGAAGAAGAGGAGAACCCCAAGACGUACGACGCCUUUGUGGCACACAACAGUCACGACAGCGCCUGGGUCAUCCGUCAGCUCCUUCCACAGUUAGAACGAGGAGAUCCUCCAGAGUUUCGUCUCUGUCUGGGCGAACGGGACUUUCAACCCGGAGCCCCUAUAGUGGACAACAUCGCCGAGUCCAUCUACGAAAGCCGCAAAACCAUCUGUGUCAUCACGCGGAACUUUCUGGAGAGUGACUGGUGCAGGUUUGAGAUGCAGAUGGCGACGUAUCGUCUGUUUGAGGAGCACGUGGACUGUUUGAUUGUGGUGUUCUUGGAACAGAUUCCAGCCCAGAGACUGGCCAAGUACCACUCCCUGAGGCGGGUGAUGUGCAGGAACACCUACCUGGAGUGGCCCGAGGAGCCCGAGGCCAGGGAUCUGUUCUGGGAACGACUUCGUGUCGCACUACGAACACACAGGCCACUGGAUCACGAAGUUAAUGCUUAAAGAUGAUGUUGGUGUAAACAAUAUGUACAAUGUACAAAAUCAAGAGACAGAAUAAUGAUAUUCCUUUAUGCCUGUUGGUGUUAUCCUAUUGCUAAUGAAUCUGUUGUUGGCUGAAUAUAUGUUCUAACUUUUGCUACUUAUCGUAUCAUCAAUACACUGCGUGCAACUCCCUUAAGAAAUCUUAAUUAAAGUUAUGAACACAUGCCAAGAAUACAAACUGUAAUCAAUGGCAAGGACAAGGCUGAAAACUACUUAAUCUAGCAUGUACAUAAUGAAGUAUGUAGAAAUUUAAGUCAUUAGAAUAACACAACCAUGUACUUAGUACUUGCUGUUUAUAAGUAAAGGUAUGUACAUUGAGCAACAUUGCCAUGACUUUGUUGUCAACUUCCAAAGGUAUACAAAAGUGUUGUAAUCACACUUUACUCGAGGGCAAUAUCUUACACACUGAUCAUGUGCAUCAUUUGUGGUGC